AACGUCAAACAAAAUUGUUUUGUAAUUAAAAAAGUGCAGGUUGCAACGAAAAAAAACUACCACUCUGCGACUCAGUGCAUCAAAUAUGUUAUUUUAAUUGUUAAAAGCAGUUUGUAUGCUCAAACAGCAGAUAUGAGCGACACUCCUGGAUAUUUGGACGGCGUCUGUGAAGGCUGUCUGAGCCCGGAGCGGCAACAGCCAGUGGAAAUCACUGAUAUUGAAAUUAAGAAACUGUUUUUCGAAAUUCUCAACCAAGCGGCUGAUCAAAACAUAGAGAAUCUGAAGCUGCGUCUAUGCUCCGAGUGCAAGUCCAGCAUUAAGAAGUUCCUGACCUUCCGCCAACAGGUGCAAGACGCCCACGAGAUACUGUCCCGGCAUUUGAUCGCCUCAUCUCAGUCUACUCUGCCGUCAGAGCCCACCGACAAUUUCACUAAAACGCCCACAUCCGUCAGUGAUGUUAAGACUAGGAUAGAUGUUACGCCCAAAGAGCUAGCGUUUAUAAAGGUAGAAGAUGGGCUGGAUGACGGCGGAUGUUACCUGGAUGAUGACGAUCAGGGAGGUGAUGAGGAUUUUAAGACAGUAUUAAAAGCAGAGAUCUCGCAACCAAACCAGUUAGAUAUAAGCGUUAGUUAUAAAACAAAAGAAGAUGACUUCAAUGAGUCUGAUGAUGAACCGCUACACAAGAAGCGGAGUAAGAAGGAGGCGGGGGAGAAGAGGGGGAGGAAGAAGAAGAAAGAUGAUGCCUUACCUAAGAUAGACCGUCGCAAGUGUCCUGGGCCGAAACGCGAGAGGCCGCCGGGCGUGGUGGAUAAUCCGCGCGUCAGGCUGAAGCUGAAGCAACUGAAUGUGCCGGACGGCAUGCUCGAGUGUGUUGUACUUAGCUGGGAAGAGGUGGAGGCGGAAAGGCAACGCGGGCUAUCGAGCGCGGCGUACUCCGGCCAGCAGUACCGCUGCGCCCACUGCGUGCUCGGCUUCAACCACCGCGCCAAGCUGGUCGCGCACAUGAACAAGCAUGACGCGAGCGCGGGCCCACUGGAGUGUAACGUGUGUCAUGUUCGCUGCAAGCACGCGCAUGCGCUCAGUGCACAUAAGCGAAGACAUCGACUUAGAUGGCGCUGCACAGUAUGCGGGCACACGAUGUCCCGCGCGGGAGUGGCGGCCGACCACUGCAGUCGCCGACACACCGCGCCGCCUCCACAACACACGUGCCGCCUAUGCGGACAUACUGAUGCGUUAGUAUGUUAUGUUAGUUUGGCAAAGUUGCGCAGUCACAUGAAGAGUCAUGCGGAGCGACAGCGCUGCGAGCUUUGCGGGAAGACGUUCCGGGAUAGAACAUCGUUAAGGACGCAUCUCUUUAUCCACUCGGGGGAGAAGGAAUUCUCGUGUUCUCGCUGCGACAAGCGGUUUCUGUUCAAGAAGGCGAUGCAAGUGCAUGCCAUGACGCACGAUGCACAUGCCAACCUGUAUUGUUACCAGUGUGAUGUAACGUUCAAGAAUCGCAUGUCGUACACACAACACAUGAAGUAUAGUCUCAAACACGUCGAUCCCGCACAGCUCAAAUAUGCAUGCACGUCAUGCGACAAGCGGUUUCUGAAGGCUUCGCGUCUACACGACCAUACACUAGCUGUGCAUCUCAAGGCGACGCCCGUGCAUUGCUCCGUGCCCGGCUGUAGCUUUGCGUGUGCGUCUCGUCCGGUGCUGCGUGCUCACAUGCGCUCGCGGCACCGCGACUCCGCGCCGCGCAGGAACCACGUGUGUCAUACUUGUGGGAAGGCCUAUCUUACUAAGAAAAGUCUAGAGGGUCAUCUCCGCGCCCACUCGGGCGAGCGUCCCUUCCGUUGCAGCGUGUGUGCCGCAUCGUUCGGGUACGAGGCUGCGCUGUACAACCAUACCAGACUCGUGCAUCUUAAGCAUAAGUUAGGUCGCAGUGUACCUCCCCCCGCGCCGCCCGCACCCGACAUACCCUAGUAACACCUCACCGAUAUACUGUAGUACCCGUAUGUUAUAUAUAUAAGUUAAAUAAUAACCACCUUAUUCAUUCAUAUUUAAAUAAUCAUAAUUUCUCUCAUUGUCAAUCAAUAAAGCAAUGACAUGAUCUGAGCAGUGACACACAAAAGUUAAUCAAUUAUGAUUGAGACUUGUACUGAACAAAACUAUCUCCUGAGAUACAGGCUAUACCUAGUUCAGGGGAUAGGGUGUAACGUUUGUGGCAUAUGAACCACUAUAAUAUAAUGUGAAAUUAUGUGUUACUAUACUAUCAUAUUACUUGUAUCCUUGUGGUGAGAAAUAAAAAUGUUUUUUUUUUUUUUUUUUUUUUUUUAUUAUAUUAGAAUAGUACCAGUUAAUGCUAAGUUGAAACCAUCAAAGUCAAAGUCAAAAACGUUUAUUUAUUUCUUGAUUAACAAAUUUUUGUACACACACAUAACAAAGAAAGAUGACAGGAAAGAAAGAAUUUGCAAAGGUAAUGCUUAUUUCUAAAGAAAUCUCUUCCAGCAUACUUGCGAAAGGAAAAUGAGAAUAAAAGAGAUGUAGACUGUGUGUAAAGAGCAAAGGAAACAAAAAUUAAAAUGAAAGAAAACAGCUGUAUAUUGAAAGCAAGCUAGUUUUUAGUACUUUUUCACGUUAAAAUUACAAAAGGACAGCUAAAAACUGCAUAUUUGGGUUCAGAAUCGAUUAUAGAUCACCCCCCAAGUAUUCUUUAAAAAAAUAUUCAAUGUACAGUUUUAACUUUCCUACGAUUUUAUUAUAUGUAUAGAUUUCGAAAACCGAUAAUACAAAAACCUUGAAGAAAAUUAUGGUUUAAAAAAGCUAACAAAGGCCGGUACCCACCCAGUAAAGUACGGUAGAACCCAGUUCUGGGUUAAGCUCGCCUUUGUACAUGUCUUCUCUGUGUUGUGUGUAUUUUUAUAUGUUUUUGUGUACAAUAAAGAAUAAUAAUAAUUACUAUUUAAACAAACUAUAUUUAUAGUUUUAUAAGAAGGUGGUACUGUGCUACUAUAUGUCAGUGCUAUAUGCGCUCAAAUUAUGUCAUCGAUGUCUAUUUACAUUAUAUAAACUUAUUUUGAACUAAAAAAGGGGUGGUUAUGAUUUUGAACUAUAUUUUUUUUGGCACGAAAUCAUGCAAUGUAUUUAAGUAGGUAAUUCUGUCACAAUAAAAUACAAGCUGUUGAUUUGCAUCCGUGCCAUAGUCAAGGACCUAAUUAUACUAAUGAUUCUCGACCCAAAUCAACAAAAAAAAAAAACGGUUGUCUGUAAAUUCGGUUUACUGACGAUAGUUGAACGUGAGACAAGAUUGUACCUCUUUGUCGCUCGUUGCGUGCUCUCGCUUGCACUUCAAGCCUUAAGCGGAACGCCUCAGAGCGAGGUAACGCCGCAUGAGUCAUGAUUUUCGUGCGUGCAGCCGGCUCCAUCGAUGUAUAAGACGUUGUCACGUCAAAAUUGGCACAAUUUUUUUUGAUUUUAAUUUUUUUUCGGAAAUUCGUCAAUGUCGCCUACCCGUUUUUAAACUCGGCGCGUGUGUUACUGGCCUCAAAACUGUGCUGCGCUCUCACACUAACGUAAACACAAAGCAUACGCAACGAU